ACAGGCGGUCGAUUGCUGGAUUAAGUUUGUAAACAUGUCACACGUGUUUAAUUCAGAAUUAUUACACAAUUACACAUGACAAUAUUCACUUGCGUUUUGUUACAGCUUCAUGGCACACAUGGUUCGUUUAUUUGGAUGUUGAUCCUGAACAUUGCAUGUCAUGGAAUACUAUAUGGAUUAAAAGAUGAUCGGACGUUCUUAGAUUGAAUUCAGACUUCGUUUAAUUAAUGAUAAUAGAAAUUGCUACUAAAUUUGUAUCAUAUUGUUCACGAAAGCGCAAACGAUUACCUGUGACAGGUGUCAUCAGGUGAUAGAAUGAUCAAUCGCGAUAGAGAUUUGAAAGGGAUACCCAGGAUACCCGCUGGAGACGCAGCUGGUCGGCUGGUCUUUGUUCAAUGCUUCGCUACGAAUUUUGUUCCGUUUUGUGUAUAUAUAUAUACAUAUGUGCAUACAUGUAUACUAGAAAAUCGCGCCGGCCAUUGUGCGCUCGUGUUUUGGUUCGGAAAAGAUGGCGGAGUCUUGUUUUCAAGAUUGGUCGCACAGAAACACUACAGUUUUCGAAUACACGACGAAAGUUGACAUGUUACGUGUUGCGAUCGUCGAGUGAAUGAAAUUGUUGUCGCGACACAGUUUACUUACGAGAUCGAAGGGAGAGAUAUUCUCGUGGAUCGCAAGUGACGUGAGAACUGUGUCUUCAGCGUGCAGAUCCUACAGGAACUCGAAAUCGAGUGAUUAAUUGGAAAGGUUUUGGGUGUUUUCUGUGCGAAGCUACGAUUGUGGUAUCCUAAAACGUGAUCAGAACGCCGAGGAUAAGAUGGUUUGAUCCAAUCGGACGUUAACGAGGUUAAAUAAACUGACGUUUUAAGUGGUAGUAAGACUGCUUGGUUAGGUCAAUUGCCCAGGUAGGCAUCACCUAUGAUACUCGUACAACACUGCACGUGUUCCUAUCGGUGGUUCACGUUAAAACGUGACAUACGAUCAAGCUCAUAAAUCCUCGUGUUAAAUGGAAUUGCUUUAAACCACAAUGUCGUCAAGCGAUUUUGAUGUGGAGCUCUUCGAGCGAAGGCUUCACACGUUGAAGGAUUCACAGGAAUCGAUACAAGGCCUUUCAGCUUGGUGUUUGGAAAGGCGACAGCAUCACAAGAAGAUUGUUGCUACGUGGUUGCAGGUUCUAAAAAAGGUGAAAGUUGAGCACCGGUUGACACUGUUUUACCUGGCAAACGAUGUCAUCCAGUAUUCCAAGAGGAAAAAUUUCGAAUUUGUGGAGUCAUGGGGCACGACUCUGCAAAGGGCUACGACCAUGGUCAGGGACGAAAAAGUUAAACACCGUAUAUUGAGGAUCUUUAAAAUCUGGGACCAAAGACAAGUGUAUGAUGAAGAGUUUCUCGCGGAUUUGUCUGGUCUGAUCUCAGCAGCACCCAAAAAGAAAAUGGAUCCUCAACCAUCAGUACCACCAGAGGAGUUUCAAGCAGCUUUACUGAUCUCUACUAUGAGAUCAUGUGCGACGUUAGAACAAGCCACCGAUGCAAGAUUACGAGAUUUACGCGACAGCAAUAUAGAUAUAGAAAAUGCAGAGGAACUGUGUGCUUCCUUGAAGGACAGGAGAAGAGUGGAGGAUGCGGAAAAGGAAGUCGAUCUAGCAGUUAGAAAUGUCGAGAAUUAUGUACGCGCACUAGAAGCGGAAAUCAGGGAAAGGACACAAGUUCUCGACCUGCUGGAGCAGGCUGAUCAAUUUUACGAAACUCAGAGGGGAGAAGUGAAAAUAGUUACUAACGCAUAUAGAAAUUUUGGCAGUCGUGUAAAAAAUUUGAAGAAAAAAUUGGACGAGCUUCUACCGACGUUAGUUUCACCAAUUCCGACUCCAGAUAUAAACGCGCCAUCUCCAAGUCCUGAUAGUGAUAUAGAACUCCCAGGUGAAGAAACUCAGUCUCAGAAUCAAUUAGGAAUGAUAGAUGUAGCGCUACCGUCUAUCUAUGGUUCAUACUCACAUGAUUAUGAUCCAAUGCCUGUACCAGCUCCAGAUAUGGGACAAGUCAAUGAAUCUGGAGAUUUUACAAACAAUUUUUCAUCCUUUAUGGGAGGAAAUGUUGAUUUUGGUAAUAUGAGAAAUAUAUUUAACGAGAGAUCGAUAACGCCUACCGGAAUAUCACAGCAAUAUAACGAAUCGUUAGAAGCUAAACCUAUAGAAGUUAUCAACAUGAGGCCCUCCAAGAACGAAAAUAGUAGUGCAGAUUUUAAUAUCUCUAGUUUCUUAAAGACUGUCCUUUCUUCUUCCGACGGGGUACAAGACUCUGGUGCUAUUCCCUUUCUUGGUCUAGAUAUUCCAGAAUCGCAAGUUGAAUCUCCACAGGGUUCGAAUUAUAGACAUUCACCCGUUCUUGGGCAACAUCCAGUAACUCCUGUGAUCUCGAGAAUGAUGGGCAGUAACACACCGAUGGUUGUGAAUAAUUGUCCAAUCACGCAUAGUACCCCGCUACCCGUGCGGAACUUGUCCGCCGAAUCGCAUACUCCCUCCCCGUAUUCCAGUCAAAACAGUCAAAGCAACAUCAUAUCAUUCGAUGGUCCUACUAAUAAUAAUACUGUCAAUCCUUUACCACCACCUCCGUUACCUCCGCCUAUCUUCCUCGAUGACGAGAAUUGCUACAACAAGUUACCGCCUAAGUUCCCCACGUGGACGCCACCAAGCGAACCUCUAAAGGAGCCAUCCAAAUGGGAAGAUAAAGCGGGUGGCGCUAUAUUUAUAGGAAAAGAUGGUAUGAAUUCUACGUGGUCCGGUGAAUGUGACGACAAAACGAAACCGUGGAUAGACGGUGAUACGGAUAGGUGGGACGAAACCACAUGGACCAACCCUGUUAGAGUAAAAAGCGAAAUUCUAUCCGAAACUCCGGAAUCACCUCCCAUUUAUGAAAAAUCGGGUUUCACCGAUCCAGUGGAAUAUGACGACUCUCAACCACAAGAAUCUCUUUUAAGUAGCGCUGGAGAUGUAGAUCAUAGAGUAAUAGCUCUUCCGAUGGUGGUAGAGAACCAGUUACCGUAUCGUUUAAUGAAAGCGGCGGAUGUGGAUCAUCGGAAUUUGAUUAGCUUGACGGGAAGUCCGGCGAAUCACAAUGUCAGUGAAAAUUCGAUGGGCGCGAUACCCAGUAAUAACAACCUAUGGUCCGUUGCUGAUGCGGACUACCGGCAGCAUGGUGAUAUAGUCGAAAGCGUCGAUAUGGAGAUGUCUGAUGAUGAGACAGAAAGUAAGCAAAAGGGUAGGGUAUUGGUCGAUGUCCGGUCGCAAGAUAGGGACCUAAGAGUCGGUAACCCAUCGGCUUCGCAGCACGUAGACAUGGAGAUGCGAAUGAUCCCGCUUCCUGCCGGUCAAAUGCCAGGACAGAUCAUGCAAGACGUGCACGCGAUGCACUCGAGACCCCCUCCGCCCCCGCCUCCACCACCACAAUUUCACCCCGGUCAAGCAUCCUUCCAUCAGGACCAAACCGAAUUCCGACGUAAUCCCGGGACGGAGUUCCAGUCGAAUUUCCAUCAGAACAGGCCACCUCCUAACUUCAUACAGAACCAGCAAGACUUUAGUCAGCAGGAGUUUCAUCAAGUACAUCAAAAUCAACCAGAUUUCCCGCCUCAGGACUUUGACUAUCGCGAGAAUCAUACGUUACGACCUGGCCAAGAAUUCCUCGGCGAGCCUCAAGUGCGCGGCAGGUAUUCGGAGUCAGGAGAACACCAGCACCGAGAGAUGCCGUUCCACCGCAAUGAAAGAGGAGGGCGAGGAGGUCGUGGAUUCCCUAGGAGUCGACGAGACCGGUACUCCGAUGACUACAAACGGAGGGACGUUCCGAAUAAUCGCAAACGAUCGCAGGAUCAUGUCAUGGCCUCGCCGGAUGUUGUGCCGAACAAUCGACCUCUAUUGGUACCGUCGGACACCGUCAUCAUCUUUGAUGACGAAGGUAGGCCUGUACGUAUGCCCAGUGACAAGGAACCGGCAGAGGGUGCGGAACAGCCGUCGGAAAAAGAGGAGACCUGUCAGGAUCGUAUGUUGCCUCAUGUCGUAUCGAACUCUCUCGAUCAACCGGGUCGCGUUCAUGAACGCGAGCCUGAUCCUCCGACGGAUCCAGACCAGCAACCGAUGAACCAAGUGACAGUUGUACCGGUGAUAACAGACUCGAAAGAUUCCCAGCUCACGCAGUACGUUCCUGUCUCGGAAUUCGAAGAACAGGUUGUAUCGGAGGCUGUGACAUCCGAGAAGACCUGUGACAGUAGCGAGUCGAUGGAGAACGCGGGUCGUGAGAUGAGUUUCUCUGAGCAGCAACCAAUGUCCGAUCCACAGGACGAUCUCUCGGGUAAUGAACUGAAGAGAUCGUCGACGAACGGUAGUUUCGACGAGAACGAGCUUAGUCCGAGCAGCAAGAGGAUCGCGUUGUCGAACGGUCCUCAGACUCCGACCGAUACCGAAUUGAACGGACCCGCGUCCCAGGCGUCGAGCGAGUUGCAUCUUGGGUUACUCGAGUUCGACGGCCCAGUCGGACUGAAUUUCCGACCGCGUCUCGGAGGUCCUGUCCAAUUCUCUCCAUGGAGAGGCGGCCUACCGAGAGCCAGAGGGUUCAGGGGUGGGCCCAGGGCUCCUUGGAUGGAUAGAGGACCACGCGGACCCGUGAUCGGCAGCUUUAUGCCGAGGGGAUUGAAACGCGGAGGACAGUUCCGGGGUAACGGAUUCAGAGGUCGGGGACGUGGUAAUAAUUGGUAAACAGAUUGACAGAAAGAUUUGCAGUUGCUUUUGAAAGAAAAGAGAUUCAUUGAGCUUGUAUUUCGUGUACAUACGUAAAAGAAGUCACGUCGUCCAACCGUCUGAUGAUUCGUUGCAUGCGUUUCUCGAAGAAAAAUGAGGGAGGACAGGUGAAACUGUGUGCGAUCCCCCCUAGAUCGGUUUUGAGUAUCACGCUUUUGUGCGAUCAAUUCGCCUAUAUACAUAUAUAAAUAAAAAACUACAUAGAUUUAUAGAUAUAAAUGAUAUACACGUACACGCAUUCUCUUUUUCUCUCUAAUCAGUCCGUAUACUUUUAGAGGUCUUGAUUCGACUUCACGCGUACACAUAACACGUUUUGUUAUAAUCUAGAUGUACUAUAUUGAACCGGUAUCUUUGGUGAUAAGAGGGGUGUAUCUGUCGCUUCGUUGAUUAACUUUUUAGAAUUUCUUAAAAAGUAAAGCGAAACUUCUGUUUUGUGCGUGGUCGCAAACAAAAAAAGUAAUAGUAUUUAUUAUUACAUGGUUUUGGCUUUAACUUGAUUCCUCUUUCACGUGCUCAAUGCAGGAAUCGAUCAGAACGAAAGGUAUGGAACGAGAACGAGAAAGAGAAAGAGUCGUUCGAGGUGUUUCUUAGAUUUCUUUUUCACGGGUCGCUUCUUUAUUCACUCUAUACAUAUGCAUACAUACCGACGUACGAACCGCUUACUUGCCUGUUUUCUUGUCCACGUUUCUAAUCUUGUUUUUCUCGUCAAUACUCGAUUUAUAAAGAAAGAACAGGCGUGUCAACGAAUCUUUAAGAAGUGUAUUAAUAAAAAUGCAAUGUUUAUGUUCUGGUCCACUUCGUACAUUUCCCCCAUUUAUUUUCUCGAGUUUUACGUAUUUAAUCGUGUACCAUUUAUUUUUUAUUUUGCUGGUGACAGCGAUAAGAAAUGUUCUAUCGAACAAAAGGGAAAUAAAAAAAGAAAUAAAACGACAACAGGAAAUCGAAUGAAGCGUUUGUUAAUGCGAAACAAAUAAGAACAGAUCAAUAGUUUGUUCUCGAUGGUACGACUAUUUCUAUUUUGUUCGGGUGCUCCAUUGCGAAGAGAGUAAGCCGUUUGUGUAAUAAAAAAGAGAAAAAUGAAAUUUUUUACAAGCGAGUUUUGUUGGCAAUGAUUCGUUUGCUCGAUCGGCCCGCUUUUUUUAUUUUUCUUUCAUAUAACUUUCGUUUCACCCGUCGAUCAUAACAGCGAGCAAAAUGAAAAAGCAAAUAGAGCUUCACAAAAUAUUUUUCACAGAGAAUUGUAAAACUAUAUGUAUAUAUAAGUAUAUAUAGUAUGUAUAUAUUUACACGAACCACUGUAAAUGUAAAAGAAAACAUGCAACCCUAAGCGACAGAAUUUCCUUUAUCGUUUAAGCUUGGUUGUGUAUCAAUUUUGUCAUGUGCAUCUCAUCCGAUAGAUUUUAAGUUAGAAAGAAUUUCGAACGAUUAAUUAACGAUCAUGAUAAGGUAGCGAGAGCAAAUGAAUCAUUGUCGGGAAAAAAAAAACAUUUUGUAGAUAGCGAAGCGCACAGGAUAUUAAGUGUAGCAAGACAAAUCCUUGGAAAAACUAUUAAUUGAUUGUUUAAUAAAACAUUGCAAUCUACCGAG